AUGCAUUCAAACCCAAUUGUUAAUCGUUUACCGAAAAUAAAGUUUCAAUAUGGACGACACCGUCAGAAUACACAAACAAAAUACAAUGGUGUUCAUCUUCUACAUGACAGACGAGUUGCUCCAGAAAAAAAGUCAGACGAUUAUGAUAAGGUGGAAAAUAUCGAAUCAAUAGCUUCAGCAUCGUUUCGGUCUCCUAAAAGUGCCAUAAAGUCGCAAACAAACGUAUCAGUCGUACAUGUUCCAAAAUCAGGAAAAAAACAAGCUAUCGAUGGCGACAUACAUCAAUCUAAAUUAUCUGAAAAAGGUUCUCAAGACUUAAAUGAUUCACUUAAUCACGAGCAUAUACCAAUUUCAAUCACUCCUACAUCUCCUGAAGACAAAAUUAGAAGACGUAUUUCGAUAUCGCCAAACUCAAGUGAAACAAAUGAGACGAAAAUGUCUACUUAUGACUCUGAUUCAGUUGAUACGAAAAUACUUUCAUCUAAAUCAGCUCCGAACCGUCUUUCAUCAUUGAAACAACGAUUGACUAGUUCGAAAAUAUUUUAUUACCUCGAUAAUGAUAAUACAGAAUCACGAUACGUUCGUUGCAAUUCAGAAGAAAAGGAGAAAGAACGUCGACCAAAUCGUCGACGUCGUAGAUGCUUUGCGGCUUGUUGUCCAUGUUGUUCACCAUGUUGUUGUUUAUUACUUGGUCUUUUUCUGGCAUUGCUUCUUGCUGCUAUUACAGCGUUGACCGCUAUAUUGAUUUUAAACAAGACAAACACUAUAAAAACAACGUUAACGACAACAACAUCAACAACGAGUACCAGUACUACAAGUACCAGUACAACCAGUACGAGUACGACAAGUACAAGCACAUCGACUACUUCUACAACACGCACAACAAGCACCAGUACAUCAACGACAUCAACAUCAACAAGUAGUACUUCUACGACAACUGAAACAACUACAUCAGUGACGACGGAAAGUACGACGUCAGUGACAACGACAACAUCAGUGACAACUACCACUGAAACAACUACCAUUGUAACAACUAUCACUGUAGCAACUACCACUGUAGCAACUACUACUAUGUCACCUACAACGACUGCAGCAACUGCUUCAAUCACAUCGAAUACAUGUACAUCCGGUUGGACUGGCGUUACUGUACUCUAUCAUUGCACUAGUUGUCCAACAAUACAUCCAUAUGUAUACCAUUCAUAUACUUAUGUAGCCAUUGCUACUUUAACUCGAAUUUCGUUUUCUUUUCGUGAAGAUAACGGUUGUUUUGCAAUCGAUAGCGUAUCCGUACGAAGUACUGCAGCACCAACUGUUGAGUUGAUCUCUAAUAAUGACUUUGAAACAGGAAGCUUUUCAUCAUGGACGUAUUGCAAUCCAAAUGGUGCUUCAGCUGCUGGAGAUGUUUAUCACAGUUUAUUUUGUGUUUCUUAUACACUUACACCAAAGUCUGGUUCGUAUUUUUAUUAUGAUGGAGCUGUAAACAAUAAUGAUUAUUUGAGUCAAAAAUUUACAACAGUCGUUGGUCAAUCAUAUAAUGUCUCAUUUUGGCUUUUCAAUGACGCUGGUGGUGGAACAAGUUCAGCCGAUAUUUUACUAAGCGUAUAA